CGAGAACGGGACAGCGGCGACAGACAGCGCAAGAGCGCGCAGCAGUUGCACCUAGAACCGGCGCAAUUCAUACAGCAAUCUCUAAAGGGACUUUAUUUACAGUCCGGACUGUAGUGCUUAUAAAGAUUAUUAUUUAGUUAUGCAUUAUUAAUAGUGCGUAAAGACAUGAGCGCCAGAAACAGAUCCCCACCGGACUGAUCAAUAACCGACAUCCUCUGUCAUCAGGACCACCAGCUGUAUACUUGGACGGGCGUGAACGCAGAAACCCGACAAGUGCAUUUACAUCUCAAACAAGUGGAUUUUCGUACAUUUAGAGACAGUGGGUGGUUUUAUCCGCUGUCCCGGACCUGUUUUGAAUAGCGCAUUGGCAUCAGUGGACUUCAUUGAGUUCAGUUCGCUCUCUGGAUACGGACACAAUGGAUUUUACACCGGUCGCGCUGCUCGUGUCCAUAAUCUCGGUGUCUCUGUCUGCGGAUAACGCCGGCGGUAAAGCGCGGAGCUGCGCGGACAUGCGCCAGUUCUACAGCGGAAAAGGGUUCACGUUAAACGGCGUCCCGCAGUCCGAGAUAUCAGGGGAACAUCUGCGCAUCUGUCCACAGGGUUACACCUGCUGCACCAGCGCUAUGGAGGAGACGCUGUCAAACCUGAGCCGCAGAGAAUUUGAGGGCCUGGUCAGGGAGGCGGGACGCUCCAUCCAGGCCUCGCUCAACGCCCAGUACAGAACCUUUGAUACAUACUUCCUUGAACUUCUCAAUGACUCUGAAAGGUGGUUGGAAGAGGCGUUCUUGGCAGCCCUGGGGGAUCUAUACCGGCCCAACGCUGGAGUUUUCCGUGACCUGUACGGCGACCUGCGUCGGUACUACAGCAACGCGCCCUUGAACCUCGAGGAGGUCUUGGAUGAGUUCUGGAUGAGGCUUCUGGAGCGUCUUUUGAAGGCGUCUGACCCUGAGACUGCCUCCCUGCUCUCCGAUGACUUCCUGGAGUGUGCCUCCAAGCAAACCGAGACCCUGCAUCCUUUCGGAGACGCCCCGCGUGAACUGAAGGCCAAGCUGGUACGGGCGUUCGUCGGCGCUCGGGCGUUCGUUCGGGGCCUUAACGCGGCCGGGGAGAUAGUGAGGAAAGUGUCACAGGUUCCUCUGAGUGUGGAAUGCAAUCGUGCCAUUAUGAAGCUGGUGUAUUGCCCUCAUUGCAGAGGCUUCGGAUCGGUCAAACCUUGUGCCAACUAUUGUAAGAACGUCAUGAAGGGAUGCCUGGCCAACCAGGCUGACUUGGACACAGAGUGGCAGAGUCUUAUAGAAACCAUGCUACAGGUGGCCUCCAGUUUUGGUGCCGAGCCCAGUAUGGACACUGUGAUCUAUUCAAUUCCUGUGAGAAUCUCGGAGGCUGUUGUCGCUAUGCAAGAGAACAUGGAGAUCUAUACCAGCAAGGUAUUCAAGCUCUGCGGGGACCGCGGUGAAGAAGGCACACCAAGCUCGAUAUCAGAAGAGCCGAAAAAGAAAGCAAGUACAGUGACGGCCGUAGAAUAUAAACCCAGUCCCAAAGCUGCUGCCAGACUGGAGGUGCAGGUAACAGACGUGUCCAGUAAACUCAAGGAAAUGCAGUUUUACUGGAUCCAGUUGCCCUCGGCUCUCUGCAGUGGGAAAACAUCCAGCAGUGGUGACAAAUGCUGGAAUGGAAUGAGUAAAGCCAGUUACCUCCCUGAGGUCAUGGGUGACGGGCUGGCCAAUCAGAUUAAUAACCCGGAGGUGGAGAUUGACAUCACCAAGCCAGACAGGACCAUACGUCAACAAAUCAUGCUGUUAAAGAUCAUGUCCAAUCGCCUGAGAAACGCCUUGAACGGAAACGACGUGGACUUUCAAGACACCAGUGAUGAUUUCAGUGGCUCUGGAAGCGGCAUGUGUGCAGACCACCUGUGUAUCCGGGGAAGGCCGCCGGUCUUCGGGCCGAAAAACGACCGGCCCAAUCACUUCGCUUACGGCCCCGACAACAAAAAAGUCAAGAGCUCGGCGAAACAGAUCCAGCCUUCCGUCAUCUUACUGGUUCUGUUACUCACGUGUCUGUUUCUCAGACGGUAAUGCACAUUGCUCUGCAGCUGAAUCAAACUUUGGGAUCUUUUGGAGGAAAAUUUGGAUAGGGCGGAGCCGAGCAAGGAAUGUUAAAAACGCAUAGAAAAAAAACAAGAAAUGGUGAGCUAAUAAAUUUGCCAAAAGAAAAAAGAACCUUGUGAAUGAACGAACAUUUUCCUCUCGAAUACAGAGGCGACCAUGAAAAUAGCUGGAGAUGGAUUUUUUUGUGUUUUUUAUGUUUUGUAAUCCGUCAGAUUUAAUUUCUGAUUUGAUACAUCAAUUGACAUCUCGGUUUUUUACCUUUGAAUGUAAAAAGAUGAAGUGGACAGUCAGAAUGCCGGUUUAGAUUUACACUACGAGGUUCUCCGACGCAAUUUACCCACAAUUCUUUGUUCAUCUCAUUCAACAACAACUCAUCUUUGCACAGUUAUCUUAAAUUUUGUCUAAAAUGUUUGCAGUACUACAUGCUAAGAAUUAGGUCUCUUUUAGAUAACAAAAAUCAAUUAAAUUGGGUUUGAGCAUGAAUUAAAAUAUAAUUUUGCUGUGUAUUGUGUGAUGAAAUCAUAAUAUGAAAUCUAAAAAAUCUUUUAAAUAGUCAAUCUUCAUGCACAGGGAGCUGUAUUAACAAGUGAACUACAAAAUUGUGAGAAAUAUCUGGGGUCAUAUCGCACCACAAAAUCAAAAAAGAAAAUUGAAAAUGUAAAUGUGAAACCAGAUGUGAAGAUAUACAUACAAAAAAAACCACUCUUUCUUGACUGGGUUAUUGCUCAGACCGGCACAAAAUAUUUAUCGGGAAUGUCAAGAACUUUUCGCACCGACGGCAUACUGUACUUAUGAGUUAAACAGAAGCAUGUGUCAGUCUUGAAUGAAUCGAAUUGCCUUGAAUGGAAUUUCAUUUUUAGCCAAAGCUCAAGGGAAGCAGUCGUAUACAGAAUGUACCAUUUUCGAAUAAUAAACAUCAGUCACUUUUAAUGAAAGUUCGUAACUUUAUAGAUUUUUGAUUUCAGAGCAAUACCAAUAACUAAAUGCGUGGCAGUGACACUUUAACACCAAGUUGAUUCAUAAGAAAGAUUAUUUAAGAACUAUUUGUGAGAGUACACUUCAAACUUUCUAAAGCAUCCCAAAGUCCCUAAAAAUUGCAUUGAAAGAUGUUAAAUAAAAUCCCCUUCACGUUUCGUCUGAUGUUUGUUUAUAAUGCCUUUGAUGCACAACUGCCGUUAAAUGAAUCAAGGUCUGAUUUGGUGGGACAGAUAUGAUAUGUGAAACAAUGUAAAAAGUUGUGGAAUGUAACUUCAGUGGAGAAUGUACGAUGCGGUGGAUUAUAUCACAGGAGGGCUGGUUUUUGUACUCGGUUGUCCAGUAUAAAUCAAUUAAAGCACAUUGUAUAGUCUUAGUUGAACGCAUGACUCGUCGAACGGACUUUGGACCAUUAAUACGUUCUGUAUGUCAUUGGCAGAUUGAACACACGCUUGAGCGUGUAUGAGAGAUGCAGAAAUGUGUGUAUUGGUCAUUUUGGUUUGUUUUCAGCACUAGUAUUUUGAUUUGUAAAUUUCAUCUGUUUUACGUAAAUAAAAAUGCACAGGUGUUCAAACAAAAUGGACGUGGUCAAUGAAAAUUUUCUGAAAUAAAUAUGAUGUGUA